AUGGUGACCUCUGCUCUGCGCGCCUGCCUGAUCAGUAUCGCCAUGACUCGGACAGGGCACACCGGGGCAGUUUGCUCUCUCCCAGCGGUGCAUCCCCUUCACCUGGCGGCUGUCUGCGCUCUGCAAUAUACGCGCGCUCCAACAACAGGCUCCCGGACAAUCCUGACUGAAAGUCCGGGUCCCAAGAAUCGUCCAGCCCUGGAUUCACUACUGUUGAUCAAUGGACAGAGCCUCUUCAGCGGUCAGAGACACACACACGCCGUAAACAGCUCGUUCUCUCGUGCGGGGGCUGCACUGGAGGUGUGGAGGAGCAUGGAGCAUGGAGGGGAGAGCCCGGUGGGCCAGGACAGUCCUGAGCGCAGGGGCAGCAGUCCGGACCUCAGUGACCUGCCUCCACCGGGGAAGAAGGGCAGACUGGAGCUGAACGGCAGUCCCACUGGGCCCCGGAUCAUACGCUACAAUGGGGCGCCACACAGACCACUGGGAGGGCUGAUGAUCCCGGUGUUCUGUGUGGUGGAGCAAUGUGACGGAGCAGUGCAGUCGGAGAGCAGCGACAGCCGCGAGGAGCACGCAGAGUUUGUUCUGGUCAGAAAAGACGUCCUGUUCUCUCAGCUGGUGGAGAGCGCUCUGCUGGCACUGGGCUAUUCACACAGCAGUGCAGCCCAGGCCCACGGGAUCAUCAAAGUUGGACGGUGGAACCCUUUGCCCAUCCACUUCCUCACAGACGCCCCGGAGGCAACUGUGGCCGACAUGUUACUGGACGUGUACCACAUGGUCACACUGCGUAUCCAGAUGCAGAGUUUUUCAAAGCUGGAGGACCUGCCGUGUGAACAGUGGAACCAUGCGACUGUCAGAAAUGCUCUGAAGGAGCUUCUAAAGGAAAUGAACCAAAGCAGCCUGGCCAAAGCCUGUCCGCUGUCACAAAGUAUGAUAUCCUCCAUCGUCAACAGUUCCUAUUACGCCAACGUCUCAAUUUCCAAAUGUCAGGAGUUUGGUCGCUGGUACAAGAAAUACAAAAAAAUUAAAGUGGAUUAUCUGGAGAAGAUGUGGUCUGGACGUGAGCAUGCUGACAUCAAAAUCGAGAGAGACAGUGUAGCAGACUUCUGUGUGGUGGGACAGCGCCCCCCUCCUCACCUGGCUGGCCUGACGCAGCUCGGACACCUGGGAGCAGGAAGUCCUCUGCUCAAAGGAGGGUCCGAGGUGCAGAGCCCCACUCAGCCGCAGCCUCCCGCCCCUCCUACUCAGCAGCCUUCUCCCCAUGGGCCGCUGCACCACAGUGGGCCUCUCCGCUCAGGACAGGUCCCUCCGCCUCCCCCCGGAGCUCUGCAGCCUCUGCUGGGACCAGGAGGCCUGCUGUCCCCUCAAGUCUCCCCUCAGCUGGUGCGGCAGCAGCUCGCCAUGGCACAUCUCAUUAACCAGCAACUGGCUGUGAGCCGCCUACUCGCUCACCAGCACCCACAGACCAUCAACCAGCAGUUCCUCAACCACCCACCCAUCCCCCGUGGCUCCGGCAAAACAUCUGACCACCUGGGGAGCAACCCCUCGGCCUCAGAGGUGUCCUCUGACAUCUAUCAGCUGGUCCGGGACGAGCUGAAGAGGGCCAGCGUGUCCCAGGCUGUGUUUGCACGCGUGGCUUUCAACCGGACACAGGGCCUGUUAUCAGAAAUCCUCAGAAAAGAAGAGGACCCUCGCACAGCCUCGCAGUCUCUGCUGGUGAAUCUCAAAGCCAUGCAGAACUUCCUGAACCUGCCUGAGGGCGAGCGAGACCGCAUCUACCAGGAGGAGAGAGAGAGGACCAUGAACCCCUCAGUGGGACUGCCUGCCUCCAAUUCAAACUCAUCUGGGCCAAGAAUGUCACAGAAAGUGUGGGAGAGGAGUUUGGACGACCAGAUAAACCCUGAUACCUGGGCCUCCAUUUGGAAGAACAAGACUAAGAUAUCCAACUCGCCAAAGCAGCCGGGCCCAGGAUCAGACCUGCCAAUAAAGCUGGAGUCUUUGGUCAACAUUACAUCAGGCAUUUACGAGGAGAUUCAGCAGGAGAUGAAGAGGGCCAAGGUGUCUCAAGCACUGUUCGCAAAAGUGGCCGCCAACAAGAGUCAGGGCUGGCUCUGUGAGUUGCUGAGGUGGAAGGAGAACCCCAGCCCAGAGAACAGGACUCUGUGGGAAAACCUGUGCACCAUCCGUCGGUUCCUCACGCUGCCGCAGCCCGACCGGGACAUAGCCUACGAGGAGGAGUCCCGGCACCAGCACUCCGAGAGGCUGCACACAGUACUGCAUCUGCCCCAGGAGCCUCCGUUCUUUCACCUGUCCCCCCAGGCGCUCCACCGGCCUCCCCCCAUCCCCAUGAAGGAGCACUGUAUCUCCCCCAUGAGAGAAGAGGCCCUGUCUGCUCCAGUGACAGACGAGGCAACACAAAACGUGGUAACGGCACCGACCGCAAACACCGGGGCCUCAGCGGGAAGCAACAAGAAGCCCCGAUCACGGACUAAGAUCUCUCUAGAAGCUUUGGGAAUUUUGCAAAGCUUCAUCCAGGACGUGGGCUUGUAUCCAGACCAGGAGGCCAUCCACACAUUGUCUGCUCAACUGGACCUUCCUAAGCACACCAUCAUCAAGUUCUUCCAAAACCAGCGCUACCACGUCAAGCACCAUGGCCGCCUCAAAGACCUGGCCGAGGGAGCUGCCAGCGGGGGAGUGGACGUCAGCGAGUAUCGUGAGGAGGAGCUGCUCUCUGGUUCAGAAGACCCCGAGUCCAGUGAAGACGGAGCGGAGGAGAUCUACCAGUCCAACGACGGGAGUACUGCAAGUGUCGGGGGGCCACCUGCGUCGGCUAACUCCAACUCUAAUCAGUCCAGUGGAGGUCAAGAAGAGGGAAAUGACAAGGGCAGACCAGGAGCACCGAUGGGAAGCAGCUCCUCGUCAAGUCCAAGAGAGCAGGGCGACUCGGAUUCGCUAACCGUUUUACAAAACCGAUCUCAUCCUCCAGUACAGGAAGCCAAUCGGUAUCCACAGUUAUCGCCAUGUCAAAUCAGGACUCGCUCUGAGCCCUUAGCAUAA